UUCUCAUAGGUUUUGGCACAGCUGUAGCAACACAACAUCAAUAACAAAGUUAAAACAUUGUAGUCCACAUUCCACAAUGAGAAGUGUUCCAGGUGCAACAACAACUAGAGUCCAAGGAUCAAGAUCAUAAUUCCAUACUAUAAAUACUUGCCUCUUGUGGGUUUCUAGUCAACAUCAAGGAAAAGAAACCAAAAGUUCACUUUAAGUGUAGACUACAUACACCAUGGGAUCAUCACCAAGAUCAUUUCUCUGCUGGUUCUUUUUCUUGGUGGCUUCUUUCUCUGUCGUCGAGAUCACAAUGGCUGGUGAUCCAGAUAUCCUCACCGACUUCAUAGUCCCAUCCAACGUAACCUCGAUUGAUGGGAACUUCUUUACAUUCACUGGCUUCAGGGUACUUGUUGGUGCACAAACUCCACCUGCUUUUAAGGUCUUGAAAGCAAGCAUGGCCGAAUUUCCAGCGCUCAAUGGUCAGAGUGUUUCGUAUGCUGCUCUUCAGUUCCCUGCUGGCACGACAAACCCUCCUCACACUCACCCUCGUGCAUCUGAGCUUCUUUUCGUCCUUGAUGGGACUCUGGAAGUUGGCCUUAUUGACACGACUAACAAGCUCUACACUCAGACCCUGCAGACUGGUGACUUGUUUGUUUUUCCCAAAGGACUUGUUCACUUCCAGUUUAAUGCGGAUGCACAGAAGCCUGUUCUAGCAGUUUCUGCAUUCGGGAGCAGUAGUGCAGGAACUGUCUCAAUUCCAAGCACUGUGUUUGCCACAGGGAUCGACGACAACAUCUUGGCUCUCUCUUUUAAAACUGACGUUGCCACAAUUCAGAAAAUCAAAGCCGGUCUUGUUCCAAAGCCUUGAAAAAUAAGCUUCAUUCUCAAAUUGUAUUGAAUAAACAUUCUUCGCGCAAGUUCUGACUUGUUAGUGAAAAUCAACAAUAUUUCACAACAUUAUCAUAAUUAUCUGAAUUCAAAUUCUACUCGGGCUGUUAAAUUAA